UGUCCCCUGGAUCGCCGGCCCGGCUUGCUGGGAGCCUCGGUCCCACGCUCACGUUGAAGCUUCUAGGACCGGUUUGCCGAGAGCUGAGUCCCAGCAGGCAGAAGACCGAGAAGUUCAGCGUUGGGUGUUUUAGAGCCACCCGGCCGGGAUGGGGGACUGGAAGAACUACAUUAACUGCAUCCUGAAGGACAGGAACGUCGAAGACGUAGCCAUCGUGGGCCACUCUGACAACAAGUGCGUGUGGGCAUCCAAGCCAGGAGGGCUGCUCGCAGCCAUCUCGCCUCAAGAAGUGGGCUUAAUCACUGGCCAGGACAGGAACGGUUUCCUGCAGACCGGCAUCACCAUAGCUGGUAAAAAGUGCAGUGUGAUCCGUGACAACCUACUGGUAGAAAAAGACGAUGUGAUGGAUAUCAGAACCAAAGGCGGAGACGGCAGAUCCAUCUGUAUCGGCAGGACACCCAGAGCCCUGAUCUUCCUCAUGGGCAAGAAGGGUGUCCACGGAGGAGCCCUCAAUAAGAAGGUCCAUGAAAUGAUUAUGGGCAUGAAGACCUACCGCAGAUAGUGUCAAAGAUGGACAUCUUCCUGAGCACAGGGAGAGAAAGGAAAGAAAACUGAUUUUGUUAAACAUGUCUUUGCCUGCCUCUUUUCGGUAGGAGGGUGCUGGGCAGGCAGAAGUGCUGGUAUACUAAUAGUCUGCCUGACCGUCUCUUGGUACAGAAGGGAGCGAGAUUUGCAUUCCUCAUCAGGACGCUUGCUGUAACUUGAGUGGUCUCCAGGCCACUCAAGUGUGGGUGAUCUCUCCCUGUUGUUCUCAUUUUACUGACUAAUUUUGCUGACUGGUUUUGGGGUAAAGGUCUCUGUUAACAUCAGCUUUGGGAAAAGGCAGAAGGUACGGCAAUUCCUUUGCACUCUGGUUCGCUAGUUUGCCGUUUAACCAAGUCAUGCCCUAAUGCCCUUUGUAGUUUUUGAGACCUUCCUGCUUCUACAAGUAGUCCACAACACUAAGAAUAAGCAGGGCUACUUAAAACAGCUUGUCUUUUGUUUUCAAUAAUACACCAUUAGGCUGUUGCUGAAAAUAAUAGCUCAUUUUAUUUUCUUUCAUGUCACGUUAAGAAUUCUGAGAAUCCAUUAUAUACCGUUUGCUACUCAUUAAUCAGAAAGGGUUGAUAACAGGAAGAGUAAAGCUAGUUCAGGUAUCAUUUGAACAUGCUAGGGUUGGUUUGGCAGCCUACCCCUCUUCCACAUGUUCUGUAUAUGAUAGACUUACUGUUUAUUGUGCAAUUGCCCCUGGAACAAGCCCAGUUCAUUCUAGAGUUUUAACUAUUGCCCAGCAGGGCCUUGUGCUGAUGUUGCACUUGUGUGUGAGGCAUGCAUAUAGUCUUCCUCCUGCUCGCCUUCCAAAUCCUCUGAAACCCUUUACUUUUUGCACUACUUUGAUGACUAAAUUCGGGGUGGGAGGGUGAUUACAUUGGGAGUUGUCUGUCUUGCAUCUGUGGCACAGGGAUCUUCUGAAGGUUGCUUCCUGUUUCGUCCUUUCCAUCCUGUUCACUCAUACUGUCCAAGCUCAAGAUCACUGGAGCCCCUCUGAGCCUCCCCGGACCCUCUGGGAGGAUGCGACGUUGAAAGCUGCAGGCUCCCUCCUCCUUCCAGUACCCCUUUCCCUCCUGCUCCUACUUACAACCUUGAACUGCCACUUUGAGAUGGAGCAGAACUGGCACACUUGAGAUGGGGUCAACACAGGGAAAACUCAAGGGGUAUCUCCUCGCCAGGCUUGUCCCCACGAUGCUGUAAACUAACUUCAUUUUUUUUCCCAAAGGCUGGCCAGACCACGCUGGGCAGUGCAUUGAAGGCAAGCCCAGUCCCGUCACAUGCGGGGUUUCCUUGCUCCAUUGCUCCUGGCAGCCCUGGUAGCUGCCUGACAGCAAGCCUGAACCCACCGGACGCCUUCCCACUGCAACAUUGGCAGGCCAUGCUCAUAAACCACAGGAAAACACCCCGUUCUCCAUAAUCCUUGAAUCCCCCCACUGUAGCAGGAAAACCUCUUGCUCUAAACUGCAUAGCCUACUUUGAAAUCCUGACAUUCGCUUUCCCCUUCCACCUCCAAAUCGUCUGGCCUCCUAGGCCUACUGAGUCAAAAAUAAUUACUCUCGAAGAAUGUACAAAGCUGCCACAGAAAUGAAAGGUGAGUCAGUCCUGCUGCAUGAACUUAGUACACUUGCAUGCUCUUUGAUAACCAUUAAUCUUCUAAUUUAAUAAGGAGGCAAUAUUUUGUGAUUUAACUAAGCUCACAGAGAGAUCUUUAAUCUGCAGCCACACUCACUAACCAGAUAGCGAAAGUAUUAGCAAAUGUUCAACAAAACUACAAUAAGCAAUUGACAAGCACUGUCCUCAUAAGCAGUGCUUACAGGCAUGAAUCAAAACAAAUUAACCUAAGCACUCAAGGGAAAAUCAUGAAAACGCAAGUUGGUUUUAGAAUCUAACACUAAAAGCAGUGAAUCAAAUGAAAUAAUUUUUUAAAAAUAGAUUAAUUUUUAUGCUGGUCACAACUUUUCCAAAGAGCACAGGCAUUCCUAAUGAAAAUUGCCAUUUAUUUUCAUAAGUUUAAGCCAAAAACGAGUCAAUAUCUUCUGUGAUUUCUUGAGUACGGGUAGUAUUUUCCACGGUGCAAAUCAUAAAAUGCAGAAAGCUUUCACCCUCUGAACUUUAGCCUAAGAGGCAUCAAGAUGGCAGG